AUGGCAACACAAAGCCCCCUGCUUUUCAACGAUGCUCCGACACAACUGUCCCCGCCGUGGGCAUCGCCACUGUCCCUCGGACUCAUGGUAACCACGGGCGCGGUGUUUGGGUUCGCCAUGAAUAAGGGCCAAGUACACCUGCCACAUGUGAUCCAAGACCAAAUGACGCUCUCGCAGUUCACCAUGAUGAAGAUGUUCCUCGCCGCGCUGGGUAUGUCUGCCCUGUCGAAGGCCAUAUUCCGCGCAGUUCGCCCCGACGACUUCGACGCGAUUCAAAAGAAGCGGGCGACGGACCCCAGCCACGCUGGCGUGCUCACUGCUGGCGGACUUAUCUUGGGCACUGGCAUGGCCAUAUCUGGCUCAUGCCCUGGCUCGGUGUACGUCCAACUCGGUGCCCAGAUUCCGAGUGCUCUUCCUGUGUGGGGAGGUGUCUUGGUUGGCACACUCGUCACUCUCGCUUUGAUCAAGCCACUGAUAGGUCAGUGGCAAGAAUCCAAGCCCAAAGUGGCCACGAUCGUUCCCGUGCGAUGCGUCGUACAUGCUGCCGUGGGCGUUAUCCUGAUUGGACUCGCCGUGGUGCUGGAGGUUUUCGUGCCUGAACGAGACCUGCAGGCUUCCGCGUGGCUGCCGACCGUUGCCGGGGUAGUUGUGGGCAGUCUGCAGCUGCCGCUGGUCCUGCUGCUCCGUCGAUCCCUCGGUGCGACUCAAUCGUACAAGUCAGCGAUUGCACUUGCGUUGUACCCCAUUCGCAACACCAGAGUUGGCAAAUGCCUUCACGUCCCUGCAGCCACCGACCUCUCGACAUUCGUCUUUGUGUUGGCAGUGGUUGUGGGGUCGGCAGUCGCGUCGGCCGUGUCGACUGACCCGAUUCCAACUGGUCCAAUUCCGUCCGUGUUGUCGUCACUUGUUGGGGGAGCCCUCAUCGGCGUCGGCGCCACAGUGGCGUGCGGAUGUACCUCUGGUCACGGGUUAUCCGGGGCCGCUUUACUCAUGAAGUCGUCCUUCAUCGUCCUUCCUGCAAUCUUUGUUGGUGGUAUAGCCACAGGACUGCUUCGAAGCGUCGUCGUAUCUGGCCAACGUGCAUAA